AUGGCAUUCAAAUCAACUCAAAAAAGAACCACAGACCAAAUUGUAUUUGAAAUCAAAUCAUUAGGUGGGUCAUUCUUUGCUUCUUCAGGUUGCAAUAUGAUUGUUUAUCAGGCUGCUUCAUAUCCUUCAAAUUUACAUCAUCAUUCCCUGUGA